GAUACAACUUGAAGAUGUUCAACUUGAGCAACUCUGGUAAUGAUAGCACAGAAUUAGAUCAGUGGACUGCAAUAGGGAGACCAGCUGCCUGUGUGAUUCUAGGUCUAUCCUUCCUGGUAGGAGCUCCAGGGAAUCUGCUGGUGAUCUGGACAAUCCUGCAGCACGUCAAGCAUCGCUCCCACACUGUGGUGCUCAUCCUCCACCUUGCUGCUGCUGACCUGCUGGUCCUCAUCACUCUGCCCCUAUGGAUCUACUCCUUCGCCUACUCCUGGGUCUUUGGUGAGGUUGCGUGCAAAGCCAUGGUCUACAUCAUCAACUCCUGUAUGUACAGUAGCGUGUUCCUCAUCACCGUCAUGAGCGUGGAGAGAUUUGUGGCUGUCCGGUACCCCUUCUGUUUAAUGAGCUGGAAGAAGAAAGAUAUUAUGAACAAAUCACUGCCUGUCAUUUGGAUUUUAGCAUUCCUUUUCGGCAUUCCAGCGAUUCUAAGCCACUGUGUCGAUGAAAUGAGUGGAACACAGCAGUGUCUCUUCCGGGAGCACAGUUCAGUGGCCCAGGAGGUGAUGUUCCUGUUCCUGGAAACCUUUGUGGGCUUUAUCGUGCCUUUUCUCAUUUUAAUCAUCUGUUACAGUUUAUUGACCCAGGAUUUGAAGCAAAUGAAAUUCAGGACCAAACCAAAGUCUACUGUUCUGAUCAACAGUGUGGUCAUUGCCUUUGCAUUGUGCUGGCUCCCUCACCACAUUCUCAGCCUUCUCAGUUUCUUUACCAGCCUAAAAGAGGUGUCAGACACAAUGGCUAAUUUUAUCCAAAGCGCCACCUUUAUCUCUGGGGCUCUUGUCUUCAUCAGCAGCUCAGUCAACCCUGUGUUGUAUGCCUUUGCUGCAAAGAGCUUCCAGGGCAGCCUGAAGGAGUCUGGACUGGUGAAACUGUUUGAAAAUAUUGCCACUCAAAGCACCAAAAUAAAAACAUUGACAAGUACAUCCUCAGACAAGCCAAACUGUGUCAAUCACAUCGAAGAAAUUGAGGUAUAGACAAUAUAAUUUUGGUUGUUAUGCAUGUGGAUUUAUCUUGGACUAAAUCUAGAAUCAGCUGUGUAACUUCACCGUGCAUCUUAAAAUGUAGUAAACUCAUCAGGCGGUGAAACAUAAGACAUCAAAGGAAAGGAUGAAAGGAGCCAGGGGCAGAAUGUCACAAAUUCAAUUUUAUUUUUUAUUCACUUUGUAGAAGCUAAAAGUAAAAUUUAUUAAAUCCCUACUUUAACACAUUGU